AAUCGUAAAAUAAGUCGAAAUAUUGUAUUUGUAAUUAUAUAUUUGGAAUAUGAGUUGUCAAAAAAAACAUAAGAAUCUAAAAUAUGUUUAAAAUUCAAAACCAAAACAAAAAAUAAAAAUGGACAGUAAUUCAGUCUGGGAUUCACAUCAGAUGCACCAAAAAAAGACAAAAUACGGCACUCUAAACAAAACAAAAACCUUUCAGUUAUUUACAUACAAACACAAACAUCAAUUUUUUACUCUUUCAUAAUUCUCUCAAAAGAAAACACCUAUUUCGUAAUUCUGUUAGACCAGUAUCCUUGAUAGUUAAAAAAAUGGCAGCUACUGGUGAUAUCCAAGUUAACCUAGAACCAGAGAAACAAUCUCUUCUCAAUCAGCACAAAGAACGCCACUUCACCGCCGGUGAAAUUGUUCGCGAUAUUAUUAUCGGAGUAUCCGACGGUCUUACCGUCCCUUUCGCUCUCGCUGCCGGUUUAUCCGGCGCCAAUGCUACCUCUUCUAUCGUCCUCACCGCCGGCGUCGCCGAAGUGGCCGCCGGUGCUAUCUCUAUGGGACUCGGAGGGUAUUUAGCAGCGAAGAGUGAAUCGGAUCAUUACGCGAGGGAACUAAAGAGAGAACAAGAAGAGAUCGUGACGGUUCCUGAUACAGCUGAGGUGGCAGAGAUAUUAGCACAGUACGGAAUAGAGCCACAUGAAUAUCAACCUGUUGUUAAUGCUCUUAGGAAACAACCUCAAGCUUGGCUUGAUUUCAUGAUGAAGUUUGAACUGGGAUUGGAGAAGCCAGACCCAAGAAGAGCACUACAGAGUGCAUUUACUAUUGCCAUUGCUUAUAUUUUGGGUGGCAUAGUACCCCUCAUUCCUUACAUGUUUAUUCCAAGAGCUCAAGAUGCUGUGGUUGCAUCAGUCAUCUUAACCUUAAUCGCAUUGCUCAUUUUUGGCUAUGCUAAGGGACACUUCACAGGUAAUAAACCCUUCAGGAAUGCCUUCCAAACUUGCCUUAUUGGAGCCAUUGCAUCUGCUGCUGCAUUUGGCAUGGCUAAGGUUGUCCAAGCAUAAAUUUAUGUACUCAAAUUUCGACUGCCUUGAUUCUCAGCUGUUCAGAUCAUUCUGAUUUUGGAUAUGUCCUUUUUAAUCAUAUUUACUUUGAAUUUUGAUUUCGUA